GGUUGGCGAAGUCGCGAAGCUUGGCGGCUGCAGCUGCAACUGGCCCACUCGCCUGCCUGAUGGGGCGGCUGCGCGCGUGCUGCCGUCUCCGCCGCCUCCUCGCGCCGCCGCCGCCACAAGCACCACCACCAGGUCAUCCUCUGGCGCGUGGGCCCAACGCCACUGCCGCCCACGGCUCGCCCUUCUCGAGGCUCUUCUCGUCGGCCUCGGCGGUCGCGGCCGUCGCGCCCCACGAGGCCCGCGACUCUGGCCUCGGCGGCUCGGCGUACUGGGACUGGAUUCGUGCGGCGACCGAGUCGGCCCCGGCGCCCACGCGACCGCAUGAGGAGGAGGACGACGGCCCGGCGCGCUACAUCCCCGUCAAGGCCUACUUCCUCUCCACCAGCAUUGAUCUGAAGAGCAUGCAAGCGGAACACGGGAGUGAUAUCGUACCUCCAUCGACCCGUACGCUCAACUACAUUGCACUUCGGUACUCUGAAUUCCCGCCCGAGAUUAUGGAGAUUGGAGUGAAGGACAACAGAUUUUGCUAUCGCUAUGUGGUCGUUUUCCAAUAUGGUUCUGCUGUGCUUUUCAACAUUGCUGAUCAUGAAGCUGAAUAUUAUCUUGAUAUAAUUAGGAAACAUGCUUCAGGAUGGCUUCCAGAAAUGAGAAAAGAUGAUUAUGCCGUGGUUGAGAAACCAUCGUUGACAACAUGGAUGAAAGGAGGUCUUGAUUAUAUAGUUCUUAAAAGUUUAGACACAGAUGGGAUUCGCAUAAUUUCAAGUGUUCUUGGUCAAAGUAUUGCCCUUGAUCAUUAUAUCCGGCAGGUUGAUGAUAUGGUUGAGGAAUUCACUGAAAUUAAUCGUGUUAUGGAGAAGACUGGCAACUUCACCAUGCAAAGAAAGAAGCUCUUUCAACUUGUGGGCAAGGCUAAUUCCAAUCUUGCGGAUGUCAUCAUCAGACUUGGUCUUUUUGACAGGUCAGAAAUUGCCUGGAAAAAUGCAAAUUAUGCACAAAUUCUGGAGUAUCUUCGGGAAGAAUAUGAACUGAAUCAGCGUUUUGGAAGCCUCGACUUCAAACUGAAAUUUGUGGAGCACAACAUCCAUUUUCUUCAAGAAGUCCUCCAAAAUAGACGGUCAGAUCUGCUGGAGUGGGGUGUCAUAAUACUACUGACUAUUGAGAUUGCCAUCUCACUAUACGAAAUUAUCAAGGACUCCAACAUGAUCUCUUGAGGGCUCUCUAUCCAACAGAUCUAUGACACACUUAUCCACCCUCACCUAACAACCUGAACCCAUCAUUCUGUUAUGCUAACUCCAGCCUCUCCUGUUCUAAAAGAAGGAAUGGAAAGAAAGACUCCAGGCUCUCCUCUUUUCUGACACUCCACCCCUUUUGAUCUCUAACCUUAGCUGAAAGCAAGUUGGGUAUGCUCCUACUUCCUAUGAUAGGUUACCUUCCUUGGGUACUCUGACCUUGUGAGCAUUGCAUCUCUGAGUUUUUUUAAUCCUUUGAUUCCAGUUCAUUUCUAACGAAAAGAAGUUCGCUCAAUUUUCCCAUGCCCAAUGGAUUUCAGGGCUGCCAGGGUUUUCAAAUUUAGACACAGUACUAGCUUUCCUUUCAGAAUUAAUGUCAGAGCGGCAUGUGCCAGCUUUUAAUAUUUUUGUAGGACUGCUAAGUCCAAUUUUUGGCAAGGCUGAGACCAGCAGGCAGCAGCUGGCAACUGGACCUGAUGUAAAGAAAGCUUAUACCAAAUAGCUUUAUAAUUUGUACAAAUAUGUUCGCGUGGGGAGCCUCCCUUUGGUUUAGGCUCCAAAAUUGCACGUUCUUUUUGGAAUUUUAUAAUGGAGUGAUGGUUCAGUCA